CUCCUGUUCUCUGCAGUCUGUCUUCAGCUUCAGGAAAUGGACGUUGCUGAAUGCAGGCUGAACUGCUGAUCUCACUCAGAAUGUCUCUGACUGUUUCUCUGCUGUUUCUGCUCUUCAUCUCUGGAGUUGUUGCUCAGGAUGGGUGGGCUGUGAAUUACAAUCAUAAAUCUAUCUGUGCUCUAAAGGGGUCUACAGUGACCAUUGAGUGCACUUACACAUAUCCAAGUGGUCACUCAGUCCAAAAAGCUUUCUGGACCAAACAGUGGGGUCAAGGUUCAGAGCCUCCUGAUCUGUUAGAUGAUCCAGAGUACAGAGGCAGAGUUCAGUACCUCGGAGAUAAACAACACAGCUGCAAUCUCAGACUGAGUGAUGUGACAGAAGAGGAUCAAAGUAAAUACUACUUCAGAUUUAUAACAGACCAACCUGGAGGAAGUUGGCAAGGUGCAGGUGGAGUUGAUCUUUCAGUCACAGAUGGCCCAAAGAGCGUCUCAGUGUCCAUCAGUCCUUCUGGUGAAAUAGUGGAGGGCAGUUCAGUGACUCUGACCUGCAGCAGUGAUGCAGAAUCACCUGUGCAGAGCUACACCUGGUUUAAAGGAUCAUCAUUAGUAGCAAAAGGAGAGACUUACACAGUGAACAAGAUCAGCUCUGUGGACAGUGGAGAAUACAAGUGCAGAUCCAGUAAUGAACAUGGAGAGAAACUCUCUGAAGCUCUAACUCUGAAUGUUUUGUAUCCCCCAAAGAGCAUCUCGGUGUCCAUCAGUCCUUCUGGUGAAAUAGUGGAGGGCAGUUCAGUGAAUCUGACCUGCAGCAGUGAUGCAAACCCACCUGUGAAGAACUACACCUGGUUUAAGAAGCUGAAUAAAGGAGCUCUGCAGAACUCAAAAAGACAAACCUACAGCAUCUCAUACAUCAACUCUGCAGAUAGUGGGGAAUAUCAGUGCAUGGCAACCAACACACAAGGGUCUCAAUACUCAGAGUACAAGUCAUUAACAGUUUUAUAUGCUCCAAAUAAAGUCUGGGUGUCCAUCAGUGAAACAGCAGAGGGCAGUUCAGUGACUCUGACCUGCAGCAGUGAUGCAAACCCACCUGUGCAGAACUACACCUGGUUUAAAGAAGGUGGAAGCUCACCUGUAGGAUCUGGACACAGUUACAGGGCUCUACAGAGUGGAUCCUACUACUGUGUGGCUCAGAAUGAAUACAGAUCUCAGAAAUCAGCUGCAGUGACUGUCACUGAAAAAGGAGUUGGGAAGUCAGCUCUAUAUGCAGUUAUUGGAGUCAUAGCUGUACGUUUAUCUGUUUUCUUUGCUGUAUUUUAUGUAAGGAGAAAGAGAAGAGUCAAUUCAGCUGAUGAUGCAAACCAAAAACAGAAUGUUGACCCUAAUGCUAAGGACGACACGUACACAGCUCUUGACCCCGUGUCCAGGUCCUCUGAUGAUGUGUACAACACACUCACAACUGUUCAUUCCAGUCCUUCUGAUGAUCUGUACUCAGCUCUGGAUCCUCAGUCUCGCUCUCCUGAGUACGACACUCUAGCAAUCUUACUGUUUCAGAACUGAAGAUCAUUUAGGUUCAGUUUGGAAAACGAUGCAAGCGUUCAUGUUCUUCUGUUUGAGCAUCAUUAUCUUUAUCUCUGCUUCUUCCAGACAUCAGUAAUGACAUGUUCUCUAUGCAGGUCUCAAUGAAAAAGAACGCUGUUCAGUUCUUAAAGGUUCUUCCAUUUGGUGACUAAACAGACUAAAGAGAAAAAUCUGUAUGAAUGAACUGAAAACAGAUCUGUGGCACUCAGGAUGUUGAUUUAAGUGUGUUUAACCAUUUACUACUAAAUGCUCGUUACACAUUCAUAAUAUUUCAGUAUUCUGAGUUUGGAGUUAGCUCAGUUUAAUGAAGUCAGGAUUAUUAUCCUUCAUUUCAGUUGUAGUUACAGACCGAAUUGGACAGAAUUCUUUGAAAAAGUAGUGAUGGCUGAAUACUGUCCUAAAUACACUGUCCUAAAUGUGUCCAGUAAUGUAUUCCAUUACAAUACAUAACUAACAUGUACAGAGUAGAUUUAGGGUACAUGUAUACAUUUAGAGUACAUACUGAUUAGGCACAGGGGAAACACUCUUCACACUAUUCCUCAUAUAAUGUUUCUGUUAAUAAGCUUCAUGAAAUUUUCACCUAUUAAAAAGAAAUGACAAAAUACUCAACAUUAUUUUGGCUUUUAUCACCUGGUUCAGUCCA